CCGUUAGCUGUUCCCAGUCAAACAAACUAGCUAGCCAGUGGAUAUUAAUAUCAUCUACCACAUCACAGAACCAAACACAAAAAGAGAAAGAAAACGAAGAAGAUCGUCAAAGCUUGCAAGGAUGAGGCUCAGCAAAAAUAAUAUUCCAUUUUUUAUCUUUUCAGUUGGCUGCAUAUUGCAAGUGGCAUUAGUUUCAGAAGGAUCAAUUCUACCAUUAUUCUUGGACCAAAUGGCCAAUACUCCCAGUAGUCUACUAAGUGAAACAUUUCUUGAUCCAUUCAGAAUGUUGGAACAGAUACCCUUAGGACUAGAAACCAGAGACGAGACUCUGUCCGUUGCAAAAGUAGACUGGAAAGAAACGCAUGAGGGACACGUGGUAACAGUAGACGUUCCAGGUUUAAAGAAAGAAGAGAUAAAGAUAGAGGUGGAGGAAAAUAGGGUGUUGAGGGUGAGUGGAGAGAGGAAGAAAGAAGAAGAGAAGAAAGAUGAUCAUUGGCACUGUGUUGAAAGGAGCUACGGGAAGUUUUGGAGGCAGUUCCGUCUGCCCGAAAAUGCUGAUAUUGAUACUCUCAAAGCUAAGCUUGAGAAUGGGGUGCUAACUAUUUCUUUUGCUAAGUUGUCUCCUGACAAAAUUAAGGGUCCUAAAGUUGUCGCCAUUGAGACCAAAGAAGAAGGAAAAAACUCUUCUCCUUCCGUUAAAGAGGAGCUCUAAUGGCUUUGAUAGCUUGAAUUAGUUUCACAUCAUUCGAAUUCUGCGUGAAUACAGGAUACUUUAUGCGUCAAACUGUAUUUCUUGUAAUCCUAAUAAAUCAUGGGGUGUGAUUUAUAAUUAAUAUACUUGGUCUUUUGUACCUAGAAAGUAGUGAAAAGUGAUGAAAAUAAUGUAAAUGUAGUCAUAAUUGGGAAGUAGUAUCAUAUAUAUUUGAUCUGUUUCUUUUUCGUUCU